GAGAGAGAGAGAGACCUAAAAUCAAAAGACAAAAGGCGACUCGUAAGUAGUCACUGCACUCUCUCUCGCGUCAGCAGCGACCAUGGAGGGAGGAAAGAGCAAGAAGAAAUCUACUGCUAUUACACUGCAACAAUUCAUUUCCACCAUGACUCCCCUUAUCGAUUUGGAAAAAAAAGCUGAGGUUGAGGCCUCAAUCGUUUCAAGCUCGUCCAGGAAUUUGGAUGCUGCUCAGAAGAGGGGCUCUACUAUUCUUAAUUUGAAAUGCGUUGAUGCCCAGUCGGGGCUCAUGGGGAAAACACUUCUCGAGUUUCAGUCCACCAAAGGAGAUGUUCUGCCUGCUCAUAAGUUUGGGACUCAUGAUGUGGUUGUUUUAAAACCAAACAAGGCUGAUUUAGGGUCUCCUUCCCUUGGACAAGGUGUAGUUUAUCGUCUGAAGGACUCGUCAAUUACUGUUGCUUUCGAUGAUAUCCCAGAAGAGGGUUUGAACACUUCUCUGCGUCUUGAGAAAUUGGCGAAUGAGGUGACAUAUCGUAGGAUGAAGGAUGCCUUGAUUCAACUAAGUGAAGGCGUGCAGAAGGGACCUGCUGCUGACUUAAUUCCUGUACUAUUUGGAGAGAGAGCACCACAAAUGUCAAAAAAAGAUGUUGCAUUUUCUCCAAUCAACUCCAACCUUGAUCAGUCUCAGAAAGAUGCAGUUUCGAAGGCACUGUCAUCCAAGAAUGUAUUUCUGUUGCAUGGGCCUCCUGGAACUGGAAAGACCACAACUGUGGUGGAAAUUAUCUUGCAAGAAGUAAAGCGUGGGUCAAAAAUUCUUGCUUGUGCUGCUUCAAAUAUUGCUGUUGACAACAUUGUUGAGCGACUUGUACCUCACAGAGUGAAAUUGGUGAGAUUAGGGCAUCCUGCACGAUUACUACCUCAAGUAUUGGAGAGUGCAUUGGAUGCUAAGGUUCUUCGAGGGGAUAAUAGUUCUCUAGCAAACGACAUUCGCAAGGAAAUGAAGUUACUGAAUGGGAAACUGCUGAAAACCAAAGACAAAAACACAAGGAGGGACAUCAGGAAGGAGCUCAGGAUCCUUUCUAAGGAAGAACGUAAAAGGCAGCAACUAGCUGUGACAGAAGUAAUUAAAAGUGCUGAUGUUAUUUUGACAACUUUGACCGGUGCAUUUUCUCGCAAGCUGGAGAGGAUGUCAUUUGAUUUGGUGAUUAUUGAUGAAGCUGCUCAGGCACUGGAGAUAGCGUGCUGGAUAGCUCUAUUACAGGGUUCAAGGUGCAUACUUGCAGGAGACCAUCUUCAACUUCCUCCAACAAUACAGAGUGUUGAAGCUGAGAAGAAAGGCCUAGGAAGAACUCUUUUUGAACGUCUUGCAGAUUUGUAUGGAGAGGAAGUGAUUUCUAUGCUCACCAUCCAGUAUCGGAUGCAUGAGCUUAUUAUGAACUGGUCAUCUAAAGAGCUUUACAGUAGUAAGAUCAAAGCACAUGCAAGUGUUGCUGCACAUAUGCUUUAUGAUCUUGAAGACGUAAAAAAGUCGUCUUCAACAGAACCAACCCUCCUUCUGAUAGACAUUGCUGGGUGUGACAUGGAUGAAAAGAAGAAUGAAGAAGAUAGCACAAUGAAUGAGGGAGAAGCCAAAGUUGCCAUGGCCCAUGCAAAGAGACUUGUUGAUAGCGGGGUCCAUGCUUGUGAUAUUGGUAUUAUUACCCCUUAUGCUGCACAGGUUGUCUUAUUGAAGAUGUUAAAGAGCAAUGAAAACAAGCUGAAGGAUUUGGAAAUAUCAACAGUUGAUGGCUUCCAAGGACGUGAGAAGGAAGCCAUUAUCAUUUCAAUGGUUCGAUCAAACUCAAAGAAAGAGGUGGGUUUCCUGAGUGACCAUAGGAGGAUGAAUGUGGCUGUGACACGAGCAAGACGACAAUGCUGUCUUGUCUGUGACACUGAAACAGUGACUAGCGAUAGGUUCUUGAAGUGUUUAAUUGAAUACUUUGAGGAGCAUGGUGAAUAUUCAAGUGCUUCAGAGUAUGGAACGGAAUAGGUGAAAGAUUUGGUACUUGGCCAAGAAAAAAUUCAUUGUUCUCCAAAAUGAAAUGACCUGGAUUCCUUUAUUUAUUUUCUUUUGGCAAUCUCAUCUCUGGAAAUUUUCUUUUUAUAUAUACCCUGCUCAUCUCUCUCUCUUAAAUAGAACCCUGCUCAUCUCAUUGUAUGCAUUAUUACAAUAAUCAUACAUAAAAUUACAUUCAUAAAGUAAUUUUCCUGA